UCAUUCUAGUAACACUGUUACUCCGGGUCGUGGGCUAAGACGGGAGAGAUCAAAGUGGUUUUAUUUUAUUUAUGAAUGAAAUUAUGUACAAUACAUGAAAUUUUAUAUUUUUUAAUAGAAUUACUGAUUUUCAUGUACCUAAACGAACAAUCGAAGUUGUUUUCAUAAAGAGAAAGAUUCUUCAAUCUCACCAUUGUAGCCGCUUGGCCCGGGUUAUUGACGUUUAUUUUAUGUAUCUACAUAGAAAUUUAGCUUCUGAAAGCUGUUUGUGUACGCUAUUUGUGGGCGUGUAGUGUAAGUAGGUGCAUAAUAGUAAAAUAUUAUUGAAUAUUGUGAAAAGUGAAAUUGUGAUAAAUCACACGGAAAUGUGUUACAAAUUGGCAUUGAUGUGGCAAACCGGAUUGCACCAAGUUGGAGAAAACGUGAUUAUUUUAUAAGAUGGAAGAACGCGCGCGGAGAACGAGCAGCGCGGUGGCGAGCGCCAUUCACACGCAUCAGCCUCUCGGGACUUCCAAUGAGUACCCCUCUGUGCGAUCGGAUUGAAGCGGGUGUACCCGGCUAGUAUGGAGGAGUGCAAGAAAAGAAAUUCGGGCACUAAAGUUUCGAAAAUAGCUAACAUAUUUCAAGGUAUGCCGUCAAGGGACGACGAAGAGAUGCGCGGCAGUGACGUGACUGUCGUUCGAACUGAGAGCCAUCUGGCGCGGUUCAACAACGCGCGAGCUCUGUUCGAGAAACUGGGUGAGGAAAAUCGUGGAUUUCGAAUCGAAAAGUCGCCGUCUGCAGCGGCGAGUUUCGCCGGCACGCGCGGUGUGCCUCCGGCGGCGCCAGCGCGGUCUCGGUCCAGUUCCGCGGGCUCCGUGAGUCCGCCGCGGCGCAUCGUGACGCCGACGCCGAUCGCGACGCCCGCACUCAACGGAGACAGGCUCGCGAAUGGCGCCUCGCAACCGCCACCUAAACCUGUCAAACCGAGUGUUUUGCCUAAACCUGAAAAACCAGACAGGAGAUUUAACAAAGAAUUAAUUGAAAAACAGAGGAAUUGGACUGCUCAUUUUAAUAAAUCUCGACAAGUUCGAAGCGAAAAUGAGACGAGAAUGGACUCUAACAAGUAUGCUAGUGUUUCUCAAGACAGAAAGUCUCCAGAAGUAGUGGAACGGUGUAUGAUACCUUCGCGUGUGUAUUCCCCGCCGCUAUCACCGUGCGCUGGUGAUUCGCAAGUGGAGCGUCCCACAACUCUCCCUUCUGCGCUUAUAAGUCGUGGCAUAAGUAAUACAAAAUCUCCCAGUCCCAUAAAAAAUAUUCCGACUGCGACGUCCUCCGCUGGAUCCCCUAGUAUAGUGUCUCCUGUUCCUAGAUCCGAAACCUUCAUUUCACCCACCACGAGAAGGGAUAAUUUGGGUUCACCAUAUAAACCUAGUUACGAUGCGGAUUCAUGUCAGAGUGGAUCUAUUGAAAGAUUACAUCCCAGAACUAGAUCAUCAAUAUCGCCUCAGAGUGAAAGUGAGUUGCCUUCAUAUAAAGUUGAUCAGUUACAAGCAUCCAACGUAAUUCCAAAACCUGUGGAAAGGUUAUCACCUGGCCCACCGUCACCAGUUGUUACAUCAGGGCCGGAACCUGUUUUAACACCCAGAGGUCAAAAGUCACCCUCGCCAUCAACUAGAUCAUUGAAAUCUCCCGUUUCUCCUUACGACGAUAAUAAUUCCUAUUCUAACCGCGAGUGUUCGUUAUCACCGACGCCUGAGGAACGUGUCUGCACUCCAAUUGCAGAAAAUAUUCCGGAUAUUGUAGCACCUGUUUAUAAGACCGAAUACAACACACAGUCCCAAGAAAUUCAGCCACAAUCACAAAAGGAUAGUGAUGACGGGUUUUACUCUGAAAUAAUUGUCACCGCGCCGAAAAGUCCAGAAUCUCCUGAGCCGUCCCCGAAGCUGGAUAGAUUAAGUGCAGAAGAUGCGUACGAAACAGUGCAAUACAGUGGUGAUUGGGAAAGUAAGCGGCGUUCUUCGACUCCCGAGUCACCUGCGUCUACGAUGAAAGCGGAGGAAGUGUCGCGGUCUCCGCUGGCGUCGCCGCUCGCGUCCCCCGUGCACCGCAACAUCACUGCCUCCCCGCCCUCCUCGCUGCGUCCCUCGCCGUCACCAGUUGGUGGGUGUCGCAAGUCGUCGGAGGCGGAGACGGAGGAGCCGGUGGGUCGUCGGGGCGGGUCACGCGCAUCCAGCGUCUCGGACGAAGGCGGGUUCAACGAGCCUUCGCCGGAGGUGGUGGCGCGGCUGCGGCCCGCCGAGUACCGCGACCCUCCGCCGCCGCUCACCACCGACCACCGCGACGCCGAGCGCGCCCGCUCCGAUCCCGACACGCUCUCCGUGCUGCAGCAGGACUCCGGCGUGGUUGUGAGCGAGGCGAGCCAGGGCUCGAUCGAGGUGCUGGACAAGUCGACCACGAGCCAAUGGAGCGUGUCGGAGGGCGAGAACGCGUCCGGCGACGCGCGCGACUCGCACGACGCGCCCGACGCCGACGCGCGCUGGCCCGACGACGACGCCAAGCAGCCCGACAGCAUGACGCCGGACGAGGCCGAGAUACUGCUCAGUUCCAGUAUUCUGGAGAAAAAACUUAGACAAGAAGCUCUGCUGUCAGACGAGCAGGCGCAGGAGAUCGUGGCGAUGCUGUCACCGCAUGCGCACGCGCUGCCACACGACAACGGCGUCUCGCUCAACGACAGCUACCAGUCCGUGCUCUCGUACGAGAGUAUGCAGUCAGUGGAUGAGAGCUACGAAUUCGUAUCGUUGGAAGCGGAUAGCGGCUUGGCCGGCGGCGACCGACGGCUGCCGGCGGAACCGGAACCGGAGCCGCAGGACACCACGCCGGCCGGAGAGCCGGACUGCGUGUUCGACCACUACCCGCCGCACCACCUGCGCGAGCUCGGCGAGGAGAACGGCAUUCAUUACUUCGAGGACGGACACUUCUACACUGAGGUGGCCGGCCUGCCGCCUCCCGAGGAGGAUGAGGACGACGAUUACUAUCCGCCAGUGUUUGUCAAGAAAAAUACUAAAGUUAAAUUCAGCACGGAUCCGAUGCGCGUGUUCUCGACGCACUCGGUGCGCGAGUACGACCGCCGCAACGAGGACGUGGACCCCGUGGCCGCCUCCGCCGAGUACGAGCUCGAGAAACGAGUCGAGAAGAUGCACGUGUUCCCCGUAGACUUGGUCAAAGGCGCCGAUGGACUCGGACUGUCUAUUAUUGGCAUGGGCGUCGGAGCGGACGCGGGUCUCGAGAAGCUGGGCAUAUUCGUUAAGACAAUAACUGAAAGCGGUGCUGCCGCGAGGGACGGACGGAUACAGGUCAACGAUCAAAUUAUAGAGGUCGACGGCAAGAGCCUGGUCGGCGUAACACAAGCCUACGCGGCGUCAGUUCUUCGUAACACGUCGGGUCCCGUCAAGUUCCUUAUCGGUCGCGAGAAGGAUCCCGAGAAUAGCGAAGUCGCACAUCUGAUUCGGCAAUCACUUGCUGCUGAUAAGGAGAGGGAAGAAAGAGCGGCUCGCGAGCGUCAACGUCGUCAACAAAUCGAAGAAGAAGAGACAAACCAUCAGCCACCUGUCGAUACGGGGCCUCCGCCGGCUAGGCAUCCAGAAAUAAAUGAGCUCAGAAAUUUCCUGCACGAGUUGGUGGGCAUGGAGUCGGGCGGCAGCAGCAGCGAGGAGAUCAGCGGGCGCGUGCGCGAGUGGUGCGCCGCGCGCGCGCCCGACGAGCACCUGCGCCGCGCGCUCGCCGCCGCCGCCGACACCGCGCGCGCCGCGCACCACAAGUACGACAAGGCACGGCGCGCCCUGCGCGAGUGGCGGCGCACGCGUGCUCUGGUGCGCGCGCGCGAGGAGUGGUGGAGCGGCGCGCUGCGUGACGCGCACCGCGAGUACGCCGCCGCGCUCUCCGCGCUGCACGACCGCGUCGCACGCCUCGAAGUUUUACUUCUGGAGACCCAAAAGAAAGCAGGUCUACCCGUGAUGCUACCACACGAGCCCUCGGCUCGUCGCGAAACUCCGCCUCUUCCUCGCCGACCAGACCCAGACCCGUUGCUCAUAAACAAUCCUUGGAGUUCAGACAGCGAUCUGUCGGACUUGUCGCCCGUGGAAGACGAAUAUGCCAAAGUCGAUAAGUCGGACCGUCGCCGCGAGCCGCCAGACCUCGGCGACGUGACCGCGACGACGGCGAGUGACGUUAAACCAGUGGUCACUGUGACGACAGUUGCAGCGACCACGUCCGCGCCGGCUCCGACGACAACCUCCACGGUCGCCACCGUGGCUCCCAUGGUUACACCUACUGCCACGACGACUACCACCGUUGUACCCACCAAUACAGAUUCCUUGGUAUCUUCUCAAGCGCCGACAGUAAGCGUAGCCACAGGCGGCACCAGCAGCGGCAGCGCUAGCGGCAGCGCCAGCGGGAACGGCAACGGAAACGGCGUGAGCACGGGCGCGGUGGCGGGCAGCGGCGGGUCGGGGCUCUCGCGCGAGCUCGACGCCGUGGGGCGCGGCGCGCUCCUCGACACCUCGGCGCACCGCGCGCGCACCGACCUCGCGCGCCACCGGCACCACCACGCGCCGCACGCGCACCACGCGCCGCACGACACGCACUCCCCGCACUCGCUCAGCAACGCCAGCUCGUACGACGGUCUUGACGACUCGUACAACGACUCGGCGGACGAGUCACUCAGCGAAUCUACGUCGGGUGCCCCCCCUCAUACAGGGGCUCAAAGAGAUACGCGACAAAGCUGCGGCAGUUCCAUAGGCAGCGCGACCGACGACGGCGUGUACUCGCGAGAUCAUCGACACCAUCCCUUAUCGGGCCCGCCCGCGUCGCUGGCCGAGCAGCUCAAGCAGGUGCUGGCCGAGCGGGAGCGUCGCCUCGCCUCCGGACACGAGCCGCCGCCCGCACACGCGCCCCACCCGACACACGCGCCGCGACCCGACCCGCACCCCGACCCCGUGCAGCUCACCAACGACCUCGUCGAUGAGAUACGGCAGGCCGUCAGCGAGGCCAAUGCGAGAGUGAAGAAAGCUCCGGCUUGUGUAGUCGGUGGCGAGGUGCCGUGGCAGCCGCUGUCCAGCGCCGUGUCCGAGGCCAGUCUCACGCCGCCGCCCGCACCGCAGGCGCACCACCCCGUCAAUCACUGGACCAAGCAACAGGUGUGGCAGUGGGUGUCGGGGCUGGGCGAGGGCCUGGAGCGGCACGCGGGCGCGUUCGCGGCGCGCGGCGUGGACGGCGCGCUGCUGCUGGCGCUGAGCUCCGCCGAUCUCAAGCUGCUGGGGCUGGGCGGGGACGAGCGCCGCCGCAUGAAGCGACGCCUCAAGGAGCUGCGCGCCGCACACGAGAAACACCUCAAAGCGCUCAAGAAGGCCGAGAAGAAGGCCAAGAAGAAAUAGACGAGCCACCAAAGAGAGACGGUUCACACUACCCAGUACCCACUGUCUACAUGUUUAUCAUUCUUAUAACUUUGCCCUGUCUUUUGCCGCUCUACAAUAUUAUGAGUAUCUCUAUUCUUAAAUUUCCCAAUCGUUCCCUAAUGUUUCCUUUUCCAUUGGGCUAGAGUGAACCGUCUCAUGUAUGUGUUAAGGCGUAUCUUUUGCGGCGACUACCUGUACGUAGAGCGUGUGAAAGGUUACAGUUAUUAAACUAAAUAUUCAAUGUGAAUCUUUAAAUAUGCGGACACUGUUUAUUUCCUUUCCGUCAUGCUACUUCUUGCCUGUUCUGUCGGCAUUUAUGAAUUUAUAAUAUUAGUUCGAACAUGUAGUUACGUUCUAAAUCGUUAGAGGUAAUUACUUGGUAAAUAUUUAUGUGACUGAACCCGAUUGAACUGUCGCCGGUGGUGGGCUUGAGCUGUGUCUGAUAGCGUACGAGUGCCAUCUGACCCAUAGCUUAGAGAUUAGACACGUUAGUGCAGCUUCAAACGAAGAAACGAAUACUUUUAAUCGAAAAUUAGAUUUAAGUAAAUAAUAAACAAACGUAAUAAUUCAUUUACCUAGACUGUCUCUGUAUUUAAUCAUCAGGUGUUUCGUUAAAAUUCAUUGUUCCUACAUUUUGUAUUUAUUGUGUCAGUUUUUCUUGAAGUGUGAAGUAAUGAAAUGUAGAAAAAACACUGGCUCAAUCUAGUCAUAAGAAUGAAUUAGCUGUUUGGAGUCAUUUAUACGAUAACGUUUUUUUCUUGUCUUUAGUAUCUUCAAAUAUAAGAUUUAGGAUAAAACUUUCGUGUAUAAAACUUCCGAUUGUAUCGCUAUAGUUUGUAUUUCGUCAAUGCAAUGCAAUUUAAUUUUGGUAAUAUCUGGCAUUUAUUUAUAUUGUUGCACAAAAUGUACUUAGUGAUAAUAUGGUAAAUUCAGAAUAAUCGCUUAUGUCGCUAACUUUCUAGGAUAUCUCAAAUUGUGUAGUAAAAUAACAAUCGUCAAACGUGAUCUCAUUUCAUGUAAGAUUUUCAGAUUAAUGUCUCGCACGCGCAACAGUAUUUAUACUUUAUUAUAACUACAGUCAUCGGAAUACUUGUGAAAUGGCAUCUAUGAUUUAUUUUAUACAUACAUUCCAAUUAAUUAGUUUCCCUGUGUGAGAUUUUGAUGGUUUUAUAUCAGCUUUAUAGUUUCUUUAGGCGACAUAAAUAAAUAUGGUUUACGUGAGUGUUAUUCUAUGGGUGUAUUCUUGUGUGUAUGUUGGGUUCCGUAGCUACCGUAUAUUGUGUAAAUAUAGAGUCGAUCGAGAGAUGCCCGUCAGUGUGCGGAUUGUACGAGUCAGUGGCACCCACUGCCGAAAGUGCACUGUACAUUUAGAUUAUUUAUUUCAUUUAUAAGAUAUAACAAUGUAAGUAGAGUCCAUUAAUAAUUGCCAAAAUUGAUCAGUACUUUUUUUAUUUUGUUUUUAUUUUUCUUAUUAACUUUCCUUAAAUUAUUUAAAUAUUUAUUUCGGGACCAAAUUAAUUUAUUAUGAAGUUAUUUUUUAUGUAUUUGGGUGUGUGUUCAGGAGAAAGAUUUAUUAUUUAUGAUCUAAUAAAUAAACCAAAGUCUACAUCAUAAUUGUUUUUUACUGAACUUUAUUUUAUUUGUAAUAUUUAAUAUAUAAUUUUAUGUAUAAUCAUGUCAGUUUUUUAACAAGACAUAGUGGCAACUAGAGAAGGCAAAUAAAAGUAUUGUUCAUAAUUUAAAGUUUA